UGUAACAACAGUAAUAUUGCUUCGUUGCAGCAUAAUUUAGUUCAUUGAUAUUGAUGGCAAUAUAAUAUUAGUUCAUAAAUUCCUGAUGCAAAGAAAAUUCUAAUUUUUUGGCUUCAAAUAAUCUUGAUUCAUUUACCAAUUCUGUUUGUCGCAGCUUAUAAGUGGUCAAGAUCUUUGUGAACAUAUUUGCUUUUUUAUUUUUAUUCCAAUGAAGAAAAAUCCUUCUCGAAAACUUUGUUUCAAACGAUUUUUAGAAAAGCUACCGAAGAAAAAAUCACCAGGUCGAAAGUGUCAAAUAACUGACAUCCACUUCAAAUCCGCAAUUCCUGGCGGUAAAUAACUAACAAAAGUUGUGAUUGUAGCUGAAACUAUCUACCACAAUAAACUUCUGCGUGGUGGAUAAUCAUCUGAAAGACGUCGGCAUCGAACACAUUGAUACAGAAUGCCAGUAAAUGCGCGCACCAUUCCAUGGGAUAUUCCACCUUGCUCCAGACAAUGAUCAUCGUGCUGCUGCUGCUGUGUGGUGCGGCAGCAGUGCGGGCCGACUACGAACCGCUGACCGUGGGCUACUUGGCGAACAUCCACGGCCGGCAGAGGCAGGGCCACAUCAUCAGCGGCGCCAUGACGUACGCCGUGCGUCGCGUGAACGAGCGGGGCGUGUUGCCGGAUAACCGGACGCUCCGGUUCGUGUACGAGGACACCAAGGGCGAGACGUUGCCCGGAACGGAGGCCGUGGUCCGGAUGUGGCGCCGAGGGAUCGUCGCGUUCUUCGGGCCGGAGAAUUCCUGCGAGGUCGAGGCGACGGUCGCCGCGUCCCUCAACCUGCCCAUGAUAUCGUACAAAUGUGCUGAUUCGGCUGACAAAGACAUAUCCAACAAGGAUUAUAGAUAUCACUUUGCGCGAACAUAUCCUCCAAAUACUAGGGUCGUUAGUUCCGUUCUGGAAUUACUAAGGUACUACAAAUGGUACAAAUUCUCCAUCGUGUACGAAGCCACCGAUGCGUACGUCACCGUUAUGAGAAGCAUAGAACGCGCCGUCGGCCCUCCUUUUCACCUUCUUCACCGUCGAUCUUUCCUGAACACGCGUGACUGCUGCACUGCAAGUCAGAGCUGUUGCCACAACCCCUUUGGAGAGAUUGUCGAGGAUACAGCAGCACACACGCGCAUUUAUUUGUUUCUUGGAGACACGACACAUUUGGGAAAAUUCCUCAACAUUCUGCAAAUGCGAGAUCUUUUACCGACGGGUAACUACAUGGUUAUUUAUAUAGAUCUGGAGAGUUAUACAGAAGACAUGGCGCACAAGUAUUUUCGGUGGCAUAUCGAAAAUCAGUAUGAUUCCAUUCUGAUGAGUGCUCAGAGCCUGCUGGUGGUCGUGCCGACUCCUCCUCGUGGCCCCAACUACGAGGACUUCCAGAGCAAAGUGAGGGAGUACAACAGAGAAGAGCCUUUCAAGAUAUUAUCUUCCGAACUCUUCGAAAAGUGGGUUGCCCACAUUACUCCCUAUGCUUCGUAUUUGUAUGAUGCUGUUACGCUCUACGCUGACGCGCUGGCCAUCGCGUUGAAGAACAACACUGAUCCGUACGAUGGACGAGAAAUUAUGAGGAUAUUUAGGCAGAGGACGCAAUAUCAAAGUGUUACAGGAGCCAUCAUGCGUCUGGAUGCUGACGGUGACGCUGAGGGUAAUUACACAGUUCUUGGUUGGCAACCCACCCCACCUCAUCUGAAUCUUAAAGUGGCUUCUAAUCAGCCUAUUCCACCUUAUUGUAUGCUCCCCGUUGGACGAUUUGAUGCGUUUGAUUCGCCAGAAGGUCCAUCGCAAUUGCGUUUCAGGCUCUUCAAAGAAAUUCUGUGGGUGAAUACUGACAAACCUCCUGUUGAUGAGCCUCCCUGUGGUUUUGAUGGCAGUGGCUGUAGCGCAACCCCAGACAGAGCCAAAGAAUUUGCAUCGGCUACCCUUGCCUCCCUUUUGUUCAUAUCUUUGUUCAUCAUCUACAUGGUAUACAAAAAUUGGAAGUAUGAACAAGAAAUCGAUGGUCUGCUUUGGAGGCUGGAGCUAGAAGACAUCCAACGAUGUGGUCAGAACGGAAUGUGUCUUGUGCAUUCAGCCAGUAAAAUGAGUCUUGUUAGUCACGUGUCCAUAGAGAGCAAGAUCAUGGAGCAGAUCUUCACUCAAACCGCCGUGUACAAAGGCACCCUCAUUGCAGUCAAGCAGCUUAGGUUCAGUAAGAAGAUCGGCGAUAUUUCGCGGAGCAUCAAGAAGGAAAUGAAAAUGAUGCGAGAAAUGCACCAUGACAACAUUAACCAGUUUAUCGGUGCCUGCGUCAACCCUAAUUGUGUUUACAUUGUCACCGAGUAUUGUUCUAAAGGCAGCUUACAAGACAUUCUUGAGAAUGAUGAUAUGAAGCUAGAUAAUAUGUUCAUCGCUUCUUUGGUGUUUGACUUGAUAAAGGGUAUGAUGUUCCUUCACGAGAGUGAUUUACACUUCCACGGAAACCUUAAGUCCUCCAACUGUGUGGUCACUAGUCGAUGGGUCUUGCAAAUCACAGACUUCGGACUCUACGAACUCAGAGCCUCAGCGGAACAGGGGUCGCUUGCAGAACAUCAGUACUACCGAAAUUUGCUGUGGAAGGCUCCCGAACUACUCCGAUUUCCGAUAAUCAAUCCCUUCGGCUCUCAAAAAGGUGAUGUUUACGCUUUUGGCAUCAUCUUGCACGAGAUAAUUGGUAGACAGGGUCCCUUCGGAAGUGUGUCCCUCACACCAAAAGAAAUCGUGCAGCACGUAAAGCAAAUUCCUGGGGAGGAUACCGAGCCCUUCCGUCCACCCCUGAGUGAUGUUCAGUGUCAGGACUACAUCGUUGAAGUUAUGCAGGAUUCAUGGCACGAGAGGCCGGAAAGCAGGCCGGAUUUCCAGCAUCUGAAGCAACGCCUGCGUAAAAUGAGAGAAGGCAUGAAAUCAAACAUCGUGGACCACAUGAUGGCGAUGAUGGAAAAAUACGCCUAUAACCUCGAAGAACUGGUGGACGAAAGAACCGUGGCUCUGGUCGAAGAAAAGAAGAAAACAGAAGCCUUACUGCAUAGGAUGCUACCCAAAUCAGUGGCCAAUCAGCUAAUGCGUGGAGAAGCAGUGAUUCCUGAGUCAUUUGAUGCAGUGACCAUCUACUUUAGUGAUAUUGUUGGGUUCACUGAGAUGUCCGCUUCAAGUACUCCCAUGCAGGUUGUGACGUUUCUGAACGACCUAUACACGUGCUUCGACGCUAUCCUCAACCACUACGACGUAUACAAAGUGGAGACCAUCGGGGACGCGUACAUGGUGGUCAGCGGCCUUCCGAUCCGAAACGAUGAACAGCAUGCGGCCGAAAUCGCUUCCAUGGCCUUGGAACUGCUGGAGUCCGUCCGGAGUUUCCGCGUCCGGCAUAAGCCUCAACAGACGCUAAAACUUCGCAUCGGAAUACACACCGGUCCAGUAUGUGCAGGUGUUGUUGGGUUAACGAUGCCCAGGUAUUGCUUAUUUGGCGAUACUGUGAACACUGCUUCAAGGAUGGAAUCCAACGGUGAAGCUUUAAAGAUUCACAUCAGCCCUCAGUGUAAAGAGUACCUAGAUAAAAUCGGGGGAUAUAUCACGCAGGAGAGAGGACUAGUCAAAAUGAAAGGAAAAGGUGAAAUCCGUACCUAUUGGCUAAUUGGAGACUCCAGAGGACCAAAGAAGCGAGUGGGUUCGACAUCUGAAAGCAUACCUCCUCAGCCUCUCUUUAACGUUCAUCGGGAAGAGAACACACGUCGUCGGAGCCCCAAGCUCAACGAUAUUGGACGCAAGGGCUCGCUGGCGGGGCGCAGGAACAGUUCUUACGCAAACUUCGAAGAUACGCCCCCAUCCCCCGGCGUCCCUGUGUUCUUGCGCUUCUCAUCUGGCAUGGACAGCCCUCGCUCGCCCAAGCGACUGAGUCCAUGCGUCGGUCGGGGCAGCCCCAACAGACUUUUGCAUCCAGAAACAAAUAGAUUUUUUGGAUCGACCGCUAGCAGCUGUGGAGAUCUCAACCAAAUAGACAAUGGAGGCGCUGCCACUGACUUUAUAUUCCCUUCUCCAAUUAUCCGAAAACCUAAACUGGAGAGCAUCGGAUCGGAAGACUGCGAUCCGAUCACGGAAACAGGUGUGUGCCACGAUUCGACGAGCAACAGAAACGGACUGAUUAAUUUGGACGAGUCCUUGCGACCACUCAUCACGAAGGAUUCAAGGGUGGAUCUGAUCCUUUCGAAAGAUUCCGGAAAGACGUCUUCCUCGUUCCUGAAGCCGCCGUCCCUGAGGCGACCCUCCAAGAAGUGGAGGUCGUGUGACGAAAUCAUUAUGCCGAAAGGAUCGCGCAAUUCCCUGAAAGACUUCUUUACAGGACUCCUCAGCAAUAAAACGCAUGACUCGGAUGCAAAGAGGGCAGCUAACAACAUAUCUGUUACAAGGAUGGCACAAGAAUCUGUUAAGCAAGAAAGUCUUGUCUAGUGCCAAAUAAAAAUCUUAUAGUAUUGCUGAUAUAAACAGUUCAUGACCAAGGUAUUGACGGAUCAGUUUUCGCUUCAUACUUCUAGCAAUGAUCUUGGAAGUAUCUGUGAAGGAAGAAACCAAUUUCUAGUCUGUAACAGGGCAGAGAUUUUGGAAUCUGCUGUAACUUAACCCAGAUCGAAAAUGAGAAGUCUUUCAGUUCAAAACAUCUGACGGGUAUAUCACUGAAGUUGCCAAUUUACAUUAUACUUAUGUCGAAACCUAUAAGUUACUAUCUAAGCUAAAUAAAUCUUUGAAAGUUACAAAUCUCAUAACUAAGUGUUGAUUCACGAAGAAAUCUAACCUUGAAUGUUAAGUCUAUACUAAGGACCAUGAAAACUGUUUGAAUUCGCAGAAGUGUAUUUAUACUUUAUAUUUAUAUUUUUUACUUUUGUUUUAAUGCUAAAUGAAUUAAAAGUAAACUUUCAUCAAUAUUUUUGUUUGAACACAAAUAAAUGUGCCUUUUGGUUUAGAAAUACAAAUAGCUAGUGCAAAAAUUAACUCUUUUUUGGGUUAGUA